AGUCGCACUAACCCUAGCUUUUUUUUAGCCAAAGCACUGACCCUAGCUUUUUUUUUAGCCAAAGCACUAACCCUAGUUACAGAGAAAAAGAAUAAUUCAGCCUGAAUUCAUCCUCCGAGACCAGAUAUGAUUGCAAACAAGAAGUUCAAGGAUUACAGUAAUGAUCCGGAAAAGUUAGCGUUUAAUUCUGAAGCACUUUUCGACCGGAAGUUAGACGACACCAAUCGGAAAAAGGGCGUGCGGCAGCAGGGAGACAAGCAGUGAAAACCAGCAUUCUGUCGCGACGAUGGAGAUUCCUUUGGACUUAUCUGUCGGGCGUGUUUGAUUUUGAUGCGCAAGUUUUGUUUUCCAACAAGCAGCUAAUCGGUCCAUCGAGCCCUGAAUUUGCCCAGAUAAUGAUGAAUAUUCUGAAACAACAUCAAGGACCAACUAUUGCCGAACUCAGGAUUCGUUUGCCCGAUCAUUGGGUUCAUCGUUUUUUCGAACGCCAACUGCAUAGUUUGAUCACUAUGGGCAUGCAAAAGAGAGUUAAGAGCCUCUUGAUAGACUUCAGAAAGUUUUUUAUUCUGCAAGAACCAAUGCAGCGGUUAGGCUCUGUUUGCAGCUUCACAUUGCUCGUCUCUCUUCACUUGAUAAAUGCAAAGAUCUCCACGGAAUUUAUUCACCAUCUCUUAUCGAAUUCCCCUGCUCUCGAGCUGCUCAGUAUUGUCGACUCAUCAGGCGAUCUCGGUCACUUGAAAUUUUGCGGUCCUUGUCUGAAGCUGAAGCACCUUGAAUUGAGGCGUAAUGAGAUUCGGAUUCUUGAAAUAUCUGCAGCACCUCAUAUCGAAUCACUUGAGCUUUUUCCAAUCAAUAAAGAUAUAAAAAUUAUCUUCAAGGAUAUUCCUUCUCUGACCCGACUUUCCUGUAGCUUCAUUGUGAUUAAGGAACUCUUAAUGUUGAGAACCUUAAAGGAAAUCAAUCUGAGCUUAGAUGGAGAUUGCCUUGAAGAGUUACAUUCUUGCUUUAACUUGAUAGAUGCCUUUCCUGUCUUGACCAAAGCAUCCUUUAAUAUGGACGACUAUUUCGCAUAUUGGGAUUAUGAUUAUGAGUUUAGCAACCUUUCUUAUUAUACCGGACGUCCGAAGCAUCAAUGUCUUAAGGUAGUUGAGAUUUUCGGAUUUAGGGGUCACGAAUAUGAACAAGAACUCGGUACUUACUUAGCUCACUAUGCUUCAAAUCUUCGCAAGAUAAGGGUCAGGCCUUGCGCCUACAACGACGACGAAUUUAUGACUUGUCGGCUUCAGAAGCUAAAGUCCAUGCUGCCUCCCUCGGUCGAGUUGGAGAUACUUUCAGUCAAUUCACUGCUCUUCUAGUACCUUUUGUAAUGUCUCAUUAAUAGUCAACUGAACUCAGCUGCUAUCAAUGUUCUAGUGUUCUCUUUUCUUUUUA